GUAAAAACUCCAGGUCUAGGGAACAACAGUUCCGACCAGAAUUCUGUGUACGUAGUUGGCUCCCCUCUCGUCAUCCAUGUUCCCAGCUAUUCCCACAAUCCGGUUGCGACAAGUUGAAGGUUUGGCCAGUGCUACCAGUACGAUUCUCUCCUAUAUUUCAUUUUAGCUGAUUAUGCCAGGAAUACAUACUAUGUCAAGCUUAUGUGCAUGCGACUAUUUGCCCUCCCUAUGUUUUGCGCUUGAGGCUUCAGGUUUUGGAACUGCUUUGAGAUGAUUAUUGCAAUUUUGCUGAUGCAAUUAGAUAUGAAGCUGAUGGACCAAUUAGCCGGUGUGUGUGCCUAUGGAAUUUAAGAUUUUGAGAAUGGGUUUCAAUUAUUUCUGACCUUAUGUGUUGGUCAAACUGCUACAUGAGGUACACUUUCGGCCAAACGAGCUCCAAAAUCCACGAUUAACAUCCCAUCAACGACCCCUCAAAGACGGAGUAGCAGAUUACUCAGUGUCCGUAAGAAAAAUCAAUCAAAUGUGAACACAAGUCCAAUUAAUAUUGAAAUUGAGGAGGGAGACGAUGAAAAUUUAGUCGGGGAUGAUGAUUUUGAGAAUCAACCACCUAAUCUUGGAAGGGAAAGAACUGGUAGAGUGAAAAAAGAGCGGCUGGUAGACAUUAAAGUUGGUUAUGAGAAGCUAAAAACUAGGUCAUCUCCUCAUGUAUUGAUUAAAGCGAUUAAAGGCAUGAAUGAAGUGCAACGAUCCGAGGUAGAGAAGAUUGGCUUUGGAUCAGUUUUAAAGAUGGAAAUUUCAGAGUUGCCCGCGAGGUUAGGACGUUGGGUUGUGGAGAAUUACAAUGCAAGAAGCAGCACCCUGCAACUUCCUAAGGACAGAGAGAUGCACAUAACUAAAGAGGAUGUGUAUAUUGUGUUGGGUUGGCCAAAUGGUGGACAAAGGAUUGAGUGCAACAAAAGUAACAAGGACAGAAUUCUCCUAGAGGAAUGGAGACUUAAAUUUGGAAGGAAAGAUGGUAAAAUUACCGCUGGUGAUGUGGUGGAAAAGAUGUUGAUGUGUAAAGAGGGAGGGGAGUGGUUUAUACUGCAUUUCAUGGUGCUGAUCGUGGCGGUUCUCAUCGAUAGCACAUCACAUGGUUAUAUGAAUGCAUUGGUGCUGGAUCAUCUAAAGAAUGUUGAAGAGGUUGCAAGAAUGGAUUGGUGUCAAUAUGUGCUUGAAAAGCUGAUGGAAAACAAAGUAAAGUGGGACAAGAAUAAUAAAAAAUGUUUUGGAGGCCCUUUGCUUUUCUUACUGGUGUUUUAUGUGGACCGUGUUGCUGUUUACACGAGAUCUGUACCAAGGAUGUUUCCAGCAGUAGUUGGAUGGACUGCUAAAACACUGCGAGAGAGAGAGAAUACAGAAGUUAAGGAUGGAGGGUUUGGGAUUGGACAUGACGAUGGAAGAUUGGGAGCAGAAUCACGGAUCGUGAUGGUGAAUACAAUGGUUGAUGAUGCACAGGAACAUGAAUCUAGUGCAAACGAAAGUGAUGCUCUGGUGGACUUGGUAGUGGAGGAUUCCGAGGAGGUAAAAUGUGCUUGUAAGGAAAUUUGCAACAUCCUGGCAAGCACGGUUAUUGAUCUAAUAACAAUGGUUCAGGAAGCUCCAAAAAUAGUGACUCGCAGUGCCAACUUCGUUAAAAUGCAAAAUGUGUGGGGUAAGUUAAUUGGGAUACAUGUUGAGAAGGAUGGUGCAGAUAAAACAUGUAGUGUGGAACCUCAGAGCCAGCUCUUGGAUGACGAUCCAAUUUGGAGCAGCCCAGAGGUCAUAGCUGCUGUUGAUUUAGCUGAGAAGGCAGCACAGGUGCGAGCCAAAUAUCAUGAGGUGGUAAGUGAUAUGCCUUCUUUUAGCUUAGGAAUGACACAGGAGUAUGAGGGUGAUGGAUGUGGCGCAACAUCCAUCGAACAUGCUGGGGAAAAGAUAGUUGUGGGGAGUCUGAAUACUGAGGUGACGCCAUUACGGGUUUGUGAAGCGGCAGUUGUAGGGAGUGCUGAGGGAGGGAAAUCAAAUCCUUUUAACAAUAGCAAACAGGAUGAGAAUGAUGCGAAUGAAGAUGUGGGAGGCAUGAAAAGGAAAAGUGAGGAGAUUUUGCAGACCCAAGAAGGAAGGAGGAAUAGAAGAAAACAACGAGCAACACUAACGUUGAAGUCACCUUAUAUGAUGCGCAUAAUUGACCCGAAAGAGAACGCUAACACCAAAGAGAAAAACAUUUGGAAAUGGGUUAUGAGUAAUCCAAGAGGUGAUAGAGAUGAAAUUGUCUUUAAGGGCUACAAUAUAUUUGUUGACCGUGGUCAGAUGAUGACGUUGGGGGUUGGUGAGCACAUUUCUGCGAAUGUGUUGGAUGCAUGGUCGUGCAUUUUAAAUAAGAACGAACUGUUUCGUAGCACUACGUCACCUGCUCGCUUCUUUGCAAAGUCACUACGAUGUCCAUAUACGCACGAGGGUAAUGCGUAUGAAGCAGAUGUUGCAUAUAAAUUGUUUUGUGAUGUUAUCGAGUAUGGUUGGAGCUCAACUUCUCCCUGUAAUGUGGACUUGAUUUUCUUUCCAGUACUACAACAAAAGUGGUGUUAUUGCUUAUGCAUGAACCUAAAGAGUAACCGCUUUGAGAUCUUGGACAGCUCCUCUGAGAAUGUAUCAUUUGAUGAUAAAUAUGAUGGAAUGCCCAAGGACAUUGGAGACAUGGUUAUGCGUUUCUUCGACGAGAAAGGCCUUGGUGCGAAGGUUUUGAGGCUUAAGGGCCAAGCUGCACGCCGUUUGGAAAUGCCGUGGAGAGAUGCAAAGACGAUCCAUGAUUAUGGGGUUACAACCAUGAGGCAUAUGGAGACCUACAUGGGUCAAUCUUUGAGGAAAUGGGAAUGUGGUUUGACAAGGGGUGAUCAGAAACCGAUAAAUGCACUGAGGAGCAAAUAUUGUGCUGCGAUUGUGGAGUCAGAUGUUAAUGAGUUAAAAGAUGUGAUCUUGAAGAGGGUCAAGGAAUGUAGCCGGGCAUGAGAGCCUGUUAUGGCGUGGAAACUAUGCAUUUCCUAUUUAUAAGUACUCCUGACAUUUUUAUUAUUUAGAGAUGCUAUUAUUUUUGGGCUAAGCGGUGUUUGGGUGUUACCCAAUUCACUGGUUUUCUUUUUGGUUAUGGUUUUUUGCAACUUGGAUUUCAAUGGUGUCUGUUGACUUGUUG